UGACUCUCAAGUUGAAUGAGACAAUAAUUAUUUUCUUAGAAAUUUAUUAAAAUUAAAUAUGGAUGUUCUACAAAAUGUAUUUCAAAAUUAUAAAUUUAAUUUAAGAAAUUUAAAGGAUGCCUCCAGUAACUUAAUUAUAAAUGGAAUUCUUACAAUUAUGGUGAUUAUAUUAUUUGUAUAUUGGUGGCGCAAUAAAAACGUAAAAAAAUACAAACUGCCUCCAGGACCUCGGGGUGCACCAAUAUUAGGAUACCUUCCAUUUCUUGGGAAAGAACCUUUUCGUGACUUUGAUAAACUGAGUAAAAAAUAUGGCAACGUAAUGAGCGUAUAUUUGGGACAAUCAUACGUAGUAAUUCUUGGAAACUUCGAAGCAGUGAAAGAAGCUUUAUCUAAAAACAGUACUUUAAAUCGCCCAGAAGGUUUAUUUGAUUUUCUACCUGAUGGAGUUGGAUUUUCGAGUGUCAACGAUACUCAGUGGGUAGAGCAGCGUAGGUUUUCUGUUAAAGCAAUGAGAGACCUUGGAUUAGGUAGAAGCAAGUGGGAAUAUCUCGUGCAAGAAGAAUUAGAUGACUUUAUCAAACUUAUUUACAGUUUUAAAGGAAAACCAAAUAAUGUUUUUCGAUUUCUGGCAUUAAGUGUCUCCAACAACAUGUCUUCUUUAUUGUUUGGUAGAAGGUUGCCACUUAACGAUAAGAAUUUAAAUUUUGUCACCAAUACUUUGGAUAAAUUGUUUUCGCAUUUUUCUCAAGCAAAUUGGAGUCAUUACUUCCCGGUCCUGCACAACAUAUUCUCUAAAGUAAGCCUCAACUCCCUUUCAACAAGUCGCAAGGAGUUUGAAGCCUUCAAUAAUUUCAUCAGAGAACAAGUAGAAGUACAAAAGAAAACUUAUACCCCCGGAAGCACCGACAACUUUGUUCAUGAAUUUUUGACUGAAAUUAAGAAAAAUGAGAGCAAGGAAAGUGGGAACAAAUUUGAUGAAAGUGUGCUUCGUGGCAAUUUGCAAGCUCUUUUUCUUGGUGGAAGUGAUACGACAAGUCUUUCUCUCAGUUGGCUCUUGUUAUGUAUGGCUAAGUACAGAGACAUUCAACAGAAAGUCCAUCAAGAGUUGGACACUGUCCUUGGCAGAGAUGGGAAAAUUCAAUACUCUGAGAGAUUUAAAGUUCCUUACACGCUUGCCGUUAUCAUGGAGGAGCAAAGAUAUCGAACACUUGCUCCGUUAAAUACCUCCAGAAUAGCAUCAGAAGAUAUUAAAAUUCAGGGUUACGACAUUCCAAGAGGCACCGUUAUUAUUGGCAACAAUUGGGGUCUCCAUCAUGACACACGAUAUUGGAAGGAGCCGGAAAAAUUCAUGCCAGAAAGGUUUUUAUCUAAUGACGGCAAACAAGUUAAUGUUAAGCAAGAAAGUUAUGUCCCUUUUUCUUAUGGUAAACGAGGAUGUCCUGGAGAAACUGUAGCUUACAUAGAGAUCCUGAGUUACUUUGUCGCCAUCAUGCAAAAUUUUGAAGUGUUGCCACCAGAAAAUAAAGCACCUAUAAUGGAAGGAAUUUUAGGUCUAACCUAUGCAACAAUUCCUCAAGAACUUCGUUUCAUAGCCAGAAGAUAGGUGCAGGCAUUCGUCCAUCGAAUAUUAGAGAUAUUUUAAACAUGAUUGAGUAUAUCUAUUAAAAUAUUUUCUAUCUAUAGGUAAGGCCAAUAAAGCAAAGAUUACAAGAAUGAAAAAUUUCAUUGAUUUUAUUAUUUUGACAAUAAAACCUAGAAUGAUAAAUAGAUGAGUUUAUCACUGUGUCUUUCUCUCGUAACUUCAAAACAGCUUGUGGUAUGAUCCUGAUAUUUGGACUGUGGGUCUUAUGGGCAUUUUUAUUAAUAAACUUGCAGAAUCAAACG